CCUUCGAAGACACAACGAAUUGGUUUCAGCGGCAGCCACGACGCACGCCAGCAUGAGUGUCCGCAUUACCCCGCCGAGUGUUACCAAAAAAGCCGACGACGGAGAAGAAGAGGGGGCGGUGCGCGCGGAAUUGCCCUACAAUUUCGAAAAGGAACUUAUAGAAAAUCAAAAUCGUCAUUUUUGUGGACAUUACACAUUUGUGCCGUGCGGUAGAGUUGAACCGCUUGCGACAAAAUUUUAUGCUCGACAUGAUCAAAACACUUUGGACUAUGAAAAGUAUGUGGAAUUGGUGGCGCAACGUGGCAGCAGGCGUGGCAGGGGUAUAUUACCUCAUCUAUCCGGGGAAAUCUACGGUUGGCUGCCUGCAGAUUUAGGUGACAGUCUGAGGGAAUUAAAUUUUAUCUGCGCACCGAAAAUUCGCACCGAUAUGACAAUACACGGUGAAAAGGUAGUCAGCGAACGUGUAACGGAACGACCAGCCUUUAACGGUUUACGUUUUGUUGUGUAAUUUAAA